CUGCGUGGGUCCGAGCUGGCCUCUGAAAAGGGCCGCCUUUUAAGAUCUUUGAUCUGUUCAGAGAUGGGCAGCAGGACGGAGAUUCUCCAGCUGUGAGCUCCCCUCACCUUGAUAUGACUUGUGACCUCCCUGAAACCUCACACCCACCUGCAUUGAAUUGCAGGCAACCGGGGUCCAGAGAGAGGGUCUGCUUUCUGGGAGGUGCAGGCUCCUCCUGCUUCCUCGCAGCAGUCAGGACUUAGCGGAGGGAGGACCUGGCAGUUGUGCUGCGGGAGGGGCGCUCCGAGUGGGAAGACAGUACCCGCUUCACCUCCCUACACCUCCUUUCCCUGCGCCUCCCCCACUUUCCCGUCGGGUUUUCCCGCACCAUGGGGAGAGAAGGAGGCGCUGUCUCUGCCUGUGGUUCACGUAAGAACAAUAACCCGAGUCACCGCUCACUGAGGGCCGGCAGCCUGCUAGGCACAACCUUGCAUUCCAUCUGUGAUUUAUUUGAGCUGCCCACGUCUCCAGCUAUUCCCCACCGCCACCGCGCAAGGGCAACCUGGCACACUAGAAGUCGGGUACCCAGGGCGGAGUCCUGGCGCCGCCGCCCACUAUCAGUGACCAUGGACCCUUCAUGUUCAGAGCCAGUUUCUGCGACUGCAAACGGCGGCCCGUAACAGCGCCCGCCUCCCGGUUCUGAGUAUUCUUUAAGAUAAUGCAUGUAAUGGCACACAGUGCCUGCUAUGCAGAAGGUUCUCAAUACGUGGGAGUUCACGGAGGAGAGAGGUCCACCGGGAGAACGGGGCCCCCCGGGCCCCCCGGGACCGCCGGGAGUGCCUGGAUCCGACGGCAUCGACGGUGACAAGGGGCCCCCUGGCAAAGCUGGCCCUCCGGGACCCAAGGGUGAGCCUGGCAAAGCUGGGCCAGAUGGUCCAGACGGGAAGCCUGGGAUUGAUGGUUUAACUGGAGCCAAGGGGGAGCCUGGCCCCAUGGGGAUCCCUGGAGUCAAGGGCCAGCCUGGGCUUCCUGGUCCUCCUGGCCUUCCAGGCCCUGGUUUUGCUGGACCUCCUGGACCGCCUGGACCUGUUGGCCUCCCUGGUGAGAUUGGAAUCCCAGGCCCCAAGGGGGACCCUGGACCAGAUGGACCAUCGGGGCCCCCAGGACCUCCAGGGAAACCUGGUCGCCCGGGAACCAUCCAGGGUCUGGAAGGCAGUGCGGAUUUCCUGUGUCCAACCAACUGUCCACCGGGGAUGAAAGGUCCACCAGGGCUGCAGGGAGUGAAGGGACAUGCGGGCAAACGCGGGGUUCUGGGUGAUCCUGGCCGCCAGGGGAAGCCGGGUCCCAAGGGAGAUGUGGGUGCCUCUGGAGAGCAAGGCAUCCCUGGACCGCCGGGUCCCCAGGGCAUCAGGGGCUACCCGGGCAUGGCAGGGCCCAAGGGAGAGACGGGCCCUCAUGGAUAUAAAGGCAUGGUGGGCGCCAUCGGUGCCACUGGGCCCCCGGGUGAGGAAGGUCCUAGGGGACCACCAGGCCGAGCUGGGGAGAAGGGUGACGUGGGCAGCCCAGGUAUUCGUGGACCCCAGGGGAUCACAGGCCCGAAGGGAGCAACGGGUCCCCCAGGCAUCAAUGGCAAGGACGGGACCCCAGGCACGCCUGGCAUGAAGGGCAGUGCAGGACAGGCGGGACGGCCAGGAAGCCCAGGCCACCAGGGCCUAGCCGGUGUGCCAGGUCAGCCUGGGACAAAAGGAGGCCCUGGAGACCAGGGUGAGCCGGGCCCACAGGGCCUGCCUGGGUUCUCUGGUCCCCCUGGGAAAGAGGGAGAGCCAGGGCCUCGAGGAGAAAUUGGUCCUCAGGGCAUCAUGGGACAGAAGGGUGACCAGGGCGAGAGGGGUCCAGUGGGGCAGCCGGGCCCUCAGGGAAGGCAGGGCCCUAAGGGGGAGCAGGGCUCCCCUGGAAUUCCAGGGCCCCAAGGCUUGCCGGGCAUCAAAGGAAACAAGGGCUCCCCAGGGAAGACCGGGCCUCGCGGCGGAGUGGGUGACCCGGGGGUGGCCGGCCUCCCUGGAGAGAAAGGCGAGAAGGGCGAGUCCGGUGAGCCGGGGCCCAAGGGACAGCAAGGAGUACGUGGAGAACCCGGCUACCCCGGCCCCAGUGGGGAUGCGGGCGCCCCAGGGGUUCAGGGCUACCCUGGUCUCCCCGGCCCUCGAGGACUGGUGGGGAACCGAGGCGUUCCAGGACAGCCCGGGAGACAGGGCGUGGCGGGCCGGGAUGCCACUGACCAGCACAUCGUGGAUGUGGCGCUCAAGAUGCUGCAAGAGCAACUGGCAGAGGUCGCCGUGAGUGCCAAGCGGGAAGCCCUGGGUGCGGUGGGCAUGGUGGGUCCCCCAGGACCUCCUGGGCCCCCUGGGUACCCAGGCAAGCAGGGACCCCAUGGGCACCCUGGCCCUCGGGGUGUUCCUGGCAUCGUGGGAGCCGUGGGUCAGAUCGGGAACACGGGGCCCAAGGGAAAACGUGGAGAGAAGGGUGAUCCAGGAGAAGUGGGACGGGGGCACCCCGGGAUGCCUGGGCCCCCAGGGAUCCCAGGACUCCCUGGCCGGCCUGGCCAGGCAAUCAACGGCAAGGAUGGUGAUCGAGGGUCCCCAGGGGCUCCAGGAGAGGCAGGUCGACCUGGGCUGCCAGGCCCUGUAGGGCUGCCAGGCUUCUGUGAACCUGCAGCCUGCCUUGGAGCUUCGGCCUAUGCCUCUGCCCGCCUUGCAGAGCCCGGAUCCAUCAAGGGGCCUUGAGCAUCAGGCCCGGACAGAGCCCGGCAGGCAUCCUGGGGGAGAGGACCAGGUCCCCUCUGGGUGGACAUGUACCCAUCCCCAACCCAGGAAACCAUCUCCCCCAGGACCUUCUGUCUGGAACCCAGGAGUCCUGAGGAAAAGGAAUUCUAAAACAUCGGGGAAGUGGGGGGAGAGCACUGAUGGGUGAAAAAGUGAGGCCAACACACAGGGCAAGUGGUGUUGAUGGAGUUGAAGCUCUGAAGGAAUGGGGUGGCCUUCCUUCCAGGGAGCAUCAUUCGGCUGUCACCAAAACAAACAUCUUCAUUUGCACCAUUCUCCACUGGCCACCUUGUCCUUGGGUCAGUGGGACGUGGGCACCCCGGGAGGCCUGGGCCCUUGCCCAGCUACAGUUCCACCCCUCAGCUCAAGGAUUAGUGACUGAGGUCUCUGCCAGUUCCUGAGCCCAUCUCACUCUCUGACCUAUCAGGUGACUGCUGCUGGGUGACUACCCUGAGGCGGCUAUACCCGUAAGCCAGCCCCACUACUUCCUUCCCUGCCUCCCAACUGAGUAUUUAAACAUCAACCCCCUUCUCUUUCUCGCAUAACUCCCCACCCCUUUCUCCCCAGAUCCGCCCAGGUCUUUCUGUAAAUAAAAGCUCCCAAGUUGGGUACAAACCAGGA